ACUUGCCCUCCCCAUCACAGAACAAAGCAUUCCCUUCGCUUCUCACGGACGACAUGGCGAGGCUGUCGGAUCCACUGGCCGUCGGGCGGGUGAUCGGAGAAGUCAUCGACUCGUUCCACCCGAGCGUGAGGAUGACGGUGACCUACAACUCCAGAAAGCUGGUCUGCAAUGGCCAUGAGUUCUACCCCUCUGCAGUUGUGUCCGAACCCAGAGUGGAGGUCCAAUGUGGUGACAUGAGGUCCUUCUUUACCCUGGUGAUGACGGACCCAGAUGUGCCAGGCCCUAGUGAUCCAUACCUGAGGGAGCACGUCCACUGGAUUGUGACGGACAUACCCGGCACUCCCGAUGCGUCCUUCGGGAAGGAGGUGGUGGGCUACGAGAGCCCCAGGCCCAACAUCGGCAUCCAUCGCUUCGUCUUUGUACUCUUCCAGCAGAAGCGGAGACAGUCGGUGGUGGCGCCGCCGCCGUCGCGGGACCGCUUCAACACCCGCCGCUUCGCCCAGGAGAACGACCUCGGCCUCCCGGUCGCCGCCGUCUACUUCAACGCUCAGAGGGAGACGGCCGCCCGGCGGCGCUGAUGGCCGUCGUCCUCUCUCUCCCAAUCCGAAAGCAUUGGUGCCCAUUCCUCUUCGUCUCCUUUACGUGCUCUACUACGGCGAUGACAGCGUCAUCGCUUGUCAUGAAUAACCUGUCGUCGAUGUACUGAUGUUGUUGUCGUUGUAACUAUCUGUCUAUGAAGAUGAUUCUAUUUA